AAAAAGAACAUGAAAAUUUAUUAAACACACACAAAAAGAAGAAGAAAAAUGUCAAUGGUUAACAAGCAGCGGGCAUAAAAAGAGCCCCCGAACUACAGAAAAUAAUUACAAGCCAAGAACAAUAAUAAUAAGCAGAAAACUGCAACAGCAUGGCCAGCCUGUCAGUAGCAACUAAAGCAACAGCAGCAGCAGCGAUGGCAACUACAAAUACUGCUGCAACCACGGGCAGCCUGGAGCCGGCGGUGGUGCCACGUACCGCCAAUUUGCUGGCAUGCAAACAAUGGUGGCGCGUCUGCUUCUUGUACGGCGACCAGCAGAAAUAUUAUCGACAGCUCUAUAGCAAGGCGGCUGCUCAGCGGCUGGCGGCUAGCGGCAGCGCCAACGAGGCUAAUCAUGAAAAUGACAAUGCCAGCAGCAACAGCAACAACAAUAACUGCCAAUUGACGGGAACGGGCGAUGACUACGAUACGGUUGGCUUUAGCACUGGCGAUUGCGAUUUUAUCGCAGCGCAAUUAGAUGCCAGCGAAGAUGCGGACGAUGGCAUCGAUCUGGGCGAUAGCAUCCCCCAAGCCACAGCCAGUAAGCAGCGAAUAACAACAACAACAGCAGCAGCUAACAGCAGCAAUCGACCACUGUUUCCCGCCAAAUGCGAAACAUCGCAAUCUACACCGCGCCGCAGUAAAAAACUGCUGAGAUCGCUGCGUGCUCACGUCAAGGGCGAAAGUAAGCAGAAGGAGCCAAAAGAGGAGAAAGAGCUAAAGGAACAGGAGGAGCAGGAGCCAACUAAGCGGAAUGCCAAGGUAACUGUGCUGGACGAUCCCUUUCUGUUUGGUAUCGAUGCAGAUCAUUUGGGUGAUCUCAUUCGUGGCAAGCACUACAGCCCAGCGGAUGCCACCGAACACAUUGCCAAGUAUUAUAGUAUGCAGCUAGAGCCGCAGCCUGAUUUAGAAGUUAGUUGCACCGCAUCGGUGCUGGAGAUCAUUGAGCAGUCCGAGGAGGAACUACUGGAGGAGCCAAAGCCAGCCUUGCCACCCAAGCAAAAGCAACAACGCACCGCACCACCGCCACCCGCACGCACAACUCCAGUUCCCGCACCCACGGCUGCCCUACAGCCGCUUACCGCCAGCGAUCUAAAAUUUCUGAAUUUGAGCCUGCGCCAACGCAGCCUGCCACGCAACAUGAAGCCGUUUAAGGAUCCACACGAUAUCAGUUUCACUUUCAACGAGCUGAACGGCAGCGCACCGGAAGUGGUUGUCGGCAUUGCUGCAUCUGGCACCAGAGAUGGGGGAAGAGGAGCAACUGGUGCAGCGUCACAGCAGGAACCAAAUGAGCCCAUAAGUCGCACGCCGCUGACGCAGAUCUCCUAUCUGCAGAAGAUACCUACGCUGCCGCGCCACUUCUCGCCGAGUCAAGGCACCCUGCCGCCACAGGCGCUGGGCAACCUCGGACUGCCCAGUAGCUCCUCGGCAAGCGCUUUGUAUGCGGCACAGAAUGCGGGCAUGUUGCCGACAUCGCCGCUGCCGCUGCAACGUCAUCAGCAAUACUUGCCGCCGCAUCAUCAACAGCUGCCGAUGCUGCCGCCCGGACAAGCUGCUGCCGCACAGUAUUCACCCGCCGCAUCGGGCUGUUCCUCGAAUGCAAAGUACACAAAUUCAACACAGCAACAUCUACAUGCGCAUCAGCAGCAUCAUCAGCUGUCGCCGGCGCUUUCGACACCGUCGCCCCCUUCGCUGCUGCAUCAUCCGUCGGUCAACUGCUCGACGGUAGCGGCACAUGCACCCUUUCUCGCCGGUCCUCACAUGGAUAUUCAGCGACAGUCGCAUUCAGACGACGACAGCGGCUGUGCGCUUGAGGAGUACACUUGGGUGCCGCCUGGCCUGCGACCGGAUCAGGUUCGCUUGUACUUUUCGCAAAUACCCGACGACAAAGUGCCAUACGUCAACAGUCCCGGAGAGCAGUAUCGUGUGCGACAAUUGCUGCAUCAACUGCCGCCGCAUGAUAACGAGGUUCGUUACUGUCACUCACUGACGGAUGAGGAACGCAAGGAGCUGCGUCUGUUUUCCACACAGCGCAAACGUGAUGCACUCGGUCGCGGCAAUGUCCGACAGCUGAUGAGCGCACGUCCCUGCGAUGGUGUAAGUACAUAUAGAGUCCCCUACCCCGACUUCAUAUACCAAAUUACCAAAUCUGGAAAUACACUUUUUUCUCAGUGCGAUGAGCUGAUAUCCACUGGCGACAUUGCCGUCUUCGCCACACGCUUGGGUCCCAAUGCCAGCUGGCAUCCGGGGUGUUUUACGUGCUGCAUCUGCCGCGAGCUGCUCGUGGAUCUCAUCUACUUCCAUCGCGAUGGACGCAUGUAUUGUGGGCGCCAUCAUGCCGAGACACUCAAGCCACGCUGCUCCGCUUGCGAUGAGAUAAUCCUGGCGGAUGAGUGCACGGAGGCGGAAGGACGUGCCUGGCACAUGAAUCACUUUGCCUGCCACGAGUGCGACAAACAGCUCGGAGGUCAGCGUUACAUAAUGCGCGAGGGCAAACCCUAUUGUCUGCUGUGCUUUGAUGCCAUGUUUGCCGAGUAUUGCGACUAUUGCGGCGAAGCGAUUGGCGUCGAUCAGGGCCAGAUGAGCCACGAUGGGCAGCAUUGGCAUGCCACCGAUGAGUGUUUCUCAUGCAACACAUGUCGCUGUUCAUUGCUGGGUCGCGCUUUUUUGCCGCGCCGUGGCGCCAUCUAUUGUUCGAUAGCCUGCAGCAAAGGUGAGCCACCAACGCCGUCGGAUAGCUCCGGCACGGGCAUGUACACGACGCCCACGCCGCCGGCGCAGCGAGUGCGAACGCAGCAGCAGGCGCGAAUCCCGAGCAGCCACGCAUCCAGCUCGCCGCCCAUGUCACCGCAGCAGCAGCAACAACAUCAGGCCAGCUUCAAUCAGGCGAUGUACCAACUGCAGAGUCAGCAACUGGCCGCAGCAGGCGUUGCUUCCACCUCCGACUCGGAUGCGGGCGUUGUCAAGGAUCUGGAGAGGAGUGGCCACAAUGUUGCUAGUGCCAGCGGCGGCGGUGACUUUACCGACUUCUCCAGUUCACAGAAUAUGUCACCCUUGAAUUCACCCGGUGAAUUCCAGCCGCAUCUGAUGCCCAAGCCCAUGGAGCUGCAGCGCGAUGGCGUCUACAAUUUUAAUGAGAUGGCCACCAAUUUGGAUGCAGCGUGGCCGGCCAAGCCCCCGCUGGGUGCCACCCACAGCUAUCAGUUGCAGCGGCAGCUGCAGCAGGUCUCCAAGCUGGAGAACUCCAUUACCUCCAGCAUGCCAGAACUGGGCCUGGCCAACGCCCAGCAUCUCCCACACUUUGCCCAACAACUGCCGGCUCCGCCAAUGCACGCCUCUGUGCAGCAGUUCCACGCAUCGCAACACGAGUAUGCGGACAUUAUGCAUCCACCGUUGCCGCCGCCACCACUGACGACAGCCGUCGGAGAGCUGCCCGAGCUGCCCACACCCAAUCUGAGUGUUGCUUCGACGGCACUGCCGCCGGAGCUGAUGGGUUCGCCGACGCAUUCAGCUGGCGAUUGCUCUUUGAAUACGCCGUUGUCCACGCAUUCGGCAACGCAGCCGGCCACACAUCCCGUUUCUAUACUCAGCGGCGCCAGCUCCUCCUCGCCGAUGAGCGGUGAGCCCAGCAAGAAGAAGGGCGUCCGCUUCGAGGGCAUUCCUGAUACGUUGCCGCGAUCACGCAGCUACUCCGGCAACGGAGCCGGCACCAGCGGUGGCGAGAGGGAAAGAGAUAGAGACCGUGAUAGAGAUAGGGACAGGGAUCGGGAUCGAGAACGAGAACGGGAUGGCAAUCGUCAUGGGCAUGGGCAUAACUCGCGUAGACGUCGUCGUCGCAAGUCAUCGUCGGGUCAUCAUCAUCGCAGUGGAAGCGGUCAUCGAUCGCAUUCCACAACCAGAGCGGACACGUAUGCACCCGCCCAGCCGUUGUCCUCCUCCUACCAGGGAACACCCUCGCUGCUUCAGGCAACUACGCCAGCUGAGGCGCCUCACAAGUCACCCAGACGUGAAAGGGAACGGGAACGGGAAAGGGAGCGAGAUCGGGAUCGGGAGCGUGUGCGCGAUGAAUCUGAGGAAUCGGAUGUGUGCUCCACAUGCUCAUCGAGCUCAUCCAGCUCCGAGGAUUAUAUGAUGAUGUAUCAACUGCCCCAGCGGCGACACUAUGGUGGCGUACGCGUUAGCUAUGUGCCCAAUGAUGCGCUGGCCUACGAUCGCAAAAGGAAGCCCUCUGAGAUGUCCAACGACAAGGACAAAAACUGCAUCAUUUCGUGAUGCUGUAAGCCGGCGGGCAUUUUAAUUACGUGCUGAUUGCGCAUUGGGUUGUAAAUAAAUGAAGCGCCGCCAGCGAUAAAUGCUAACGAAGCAGCAGCCACCUGGUGGUCAUCAAUUUUCCACAUAUAUUACAUACUCAUACUAAUGCAGAGCUGAGAGCAAAACUCAUAUCCCGCACUUUUACAAAGCAAUAAAGUUCAACUUGAGAUUUAAGGCGUCGAGUUAAGGAAUUGGUAAUUACAAAAUGCAACAAUUACAAUAUAUGAAAACCUCGACUGGGUUUCUCAAUACUGUUCCAAAUAUAUAGUUCAUCCCUAGUUAUGUGAAUUAAACUAAACGAAGUACUAUAUUACUACUUGAUAUGCUUAUAUUUUUUAUACAAAUAACAAUAUACAAUAUAUAUAUACAUAAAUUAGCUAUGAUAACUAUUUAUAAUGCAAGAGAACUAUAUACAUAACUAAGCAUACAAUAAUAUACGCAUACCACAUACACAUAUACAGAUUUGUAUUUAUUGAAUCUAAGUUUUAUGCAGCAACUAUUUACAAACAAUACUUUUAAUUGACUAGCAUUUGUUUAAGUAGGAAAACCGAUGCGAUAUAAUUUGGCUAAAACAAAAAUCUUACAAUAAUUCUACAUUAAGGCCUA